AUCAAAAAUAGCAAGCCUAAAUAUUCCCAACGCACUUCUUCCUUCUCAACUUUCAAUUCCCAUUUUAUCCUUUUCAAUGGCUUCUCGCUACCAAGUAGAGGUCAUCAUCUCCUCAGCCAAAGACCUCAAGAACGUCAACUGGCGCUACGGCCCCAUCAGGCCAUACGCUGUCGUUUGGGUUGAUCCUAAUUACAAGUCCUCUACCAAGGUCGACGAAGAGGGUGACACCUGUCCCCACUGGGACGAGAGACUUACCAUCUCUUUACCUGGCCCCGUCGACGGUGAAACCACACUCUUCAUCGACAUAGUCCACGCUGGCGACGAGGAGGCUACCAAGAAGCUGAUCGGCUCCGCUCGCCUCAAGCUCAAAGAAGUUCUUGAUGAAACCGGCGCCGGUGAGCGUGUUACCCGUACUUUGACUCUCAGGCGACCAUCUGGGAGGCCUCACGGAAAAGUUGAGGUUAAGGUAACGAUCAUUGAUCCCCGCUAUGCUCCACGAGAUGCGUAUUACGCAGCUCCUUAUGGGGUCCCCCCACAAGGAUCCAGAGACUACUCUGCUCCGCCGUCCUACGGUUACCCCUACGCUCAACCACCACCGCCACCAAAUCCAUACUAUUCAACUGCUCCACCACCAGGCGGUUAUCCCUACGGCGGGUACAAUGCUCCACCAACAACGUAUGGUCAGGCAAGUGGAGGGUAUUAUGGACAACAGGAGGAGAAAAAGAGUAAAUUUGGUGGGAUGGGGACGGGAUUGGCUGUGGGUGCAGUGGCUGGAGUUGUUGGUGGACUAGCUUUGGCUGAGGGUGCUGAUGCGCUGGAGGAUCAUAUCGCAGAUGACGUGGCAGAGAAAGUGGAAGAUGAUGAUGAUGAUGUUGGUUAUGAUGAUGAGGAGUUCUAGAGUGUCGUGGGUGGUGCCAUCCCUCUUUGUGGUUUUUGCUUUUUUUAAAACGUGAAGAAGAAUCUGUGGCCCUACUUAUCUAUAAGUUUCUUCGUUAAAAUGAUUGAUUAAUAAUUUUAUACGAGUUUCAAUGUAUUUUCAUAUGAUUUAUAAAUGGAUUCAGUUUAUUGAGGUUAA